CACGCGCUGCCGUAAGAUGGCAGCAGCGGCAGCUAUCAAAAAUGCAACUUUCAAAUUAUUGCGCAGUGCGGGCACUGUCAUGACGUUGCCAGAUGACUGGCUCAUUUUUAAGCAGUCUGGCAGCAUUGCGGCUCACCCACGCAAUUUCUGCACCAAAACAACAAUCGGUUUUAGACAACAAAUGGACCACACAAUUCCACCAAAGGAAUUCAAAUGGAUGCCCAGCAAUUUAAUUAGUGAGAAUUUCAGGCUGGGCCCUAAUGGCCAUGUUUGUAUUGUACUUAACAGACAAAUUCAAGUUCCCCCGCACGUGGUCAAGCUGUUAUGGAAGAAUGCAACCAUAAGAUGUGCAGUUGACGGUGGAUCCAAUCACUGGCGCAACUUUAUAACAACCCAAGCAGCCGGCAGUGUACAUACAAAGGGCAAUAAUGACAGUGGAUCGCCAGAAAUGGUUGAACCACCAGAUUUGAUAACAGGCGAUUUUGAUUCCAUAACCGAAGAAACAGUUGAGUUUUUCAAAUCAACACCAAAGAUCAACACACCCGAUCAGGAUGCCACAGACUUCACCAAAGCGUUUACAGUGCUGCAACCGGUGAUGCAACAGCGCAAAGUGCGUGAUGUUGUUGUCUUUCAUGAUUCCUCGGGUCGAUUGGAUCAGGUAAUGGCAAAUCUGAAUACAUUGUACAAAAUGCAAAAGGACAACUGCAAUGUGUAUCUGCUCAGUGGGGAUUCCAUAACAUGGCUGCUGCGACCAGGAAAGCACACAAUCCAGGUGCCCUUAGAUCUGGUAACUAAUCAACGAUGGUGCUCUCUAAUGCCAGUGGGAAGUGCAGCCCACAAUGUGACAACAACGGGACUUAAGUGGAAUCUGUACCACGCACAGAUGGAGUUUGGUGGGAUGGUCAGCACAUCGAAUACUUAUUCAACAGAGUUUGUUCAAGUGCAGACAGAUAGCAAUUUGAUUUGGUCAAUGGGUGCCUACGAUUUUGAGGAGAAAAUACGGUCAACAGCACAAUAAAUUGUCAGCAAGCUUACAUAUAAUUAUAGUUAUAUAUAUAGUAUUCCUUUUUUCGAUGAAAGUUCCACUUGGAGACUAAAUUAAUUACGGUUUAAGCACAAUUGUUGUUAUUUCAAAGUGAUAAAAAACUGUUUAUUGUUUCGCAAA